AGUGUUGGAGUAGGCUAGUCCACCGCCGCGGCGCCACCCCGCCCCGCCCCCGCCGCACCCCCAACAACCACCGUUCGCUGCUCCGGCGCCGGCGCUGGAGCGGGCGGGCUAAGGAAUCCAUGGGGAACAUGACCCGCUCGGACUCGCCCGUCUCCCGCCGCAUCGUCCUCUCCUUCCUCGACUUCCUCAACUCAGUUGAAUUAGCUCCUGGGGCUGAUCCUGAAGCUCUCGAAGUUGCUAGGGAUUGCCUGGAAUCUAUUUUUAGUGUCAACUCAUCAGCCGCUGGCGAGGAGAUACAACCAGGACUGUUACUUGAACUAUUUUCUUCUCUCGAAGCUAAUGAAAGAGAUAAGCCAAGACCUGGAUUGGUAUCGCAAUCAGUAUCAAACAAGCCAUCGCAAAGCGCGAGUACAUCAAAUAUUGAGGAGGACUCAAAUAAAUGUACAACAUCAAAUAGUGGCAGCCAGGUGGAGGAUACCUUCGACUUAGACCAUUCAGGAGACGAACUAUUUGCAAAAGUUUAUGCUGCACUCGAUGAAAUCAAUUUCUUUAAGACAUCAUCUGCUGGAGCUGAAGAUCCUGGCCAACUUUCAAAAGCAACACAAUAUUUCAAUGAAGCAGUACUAUCAAUGCAAAAGUCAGGAAGGAAAAAGGCAAGCUUAGUAGACCUUGCAGAGUCCUUCAAAUCAAGAGGUAAUGAAUUCAUGAGAUCAAACCAACACCUUAAAGCAGUAGAACAGUACACCUGUGCCAUGGCAUUGAGCAGGAAAAAUGCUAUUUACUAUUGUAACAGGGCUGCUGCAUAUACCCUUCUUAAUAUGAACAAAGAAGCUAUUGAGGAUUGCCUAAGGUCAAUCGAAAUUGAUCCCAACUAUAGUAAAGCAUAUAGCCGACUUGGAUCUGCUUAUUUUGCUCUGGGGAAUUAUCAAGAUGCGUUAUACAAGGGCUACUUGAAAGCCGCUGAGCUUGAUCCUAGUAAUGAAAAUGUCUGGCAGAAUAUUGAGGUCACCAAAAAGAAAUUGGCUGAACAACAAGUCCCACCAGAAGAGCAGAAUACACACGCACAUCAAGCUCAAGGAUCACAUCCAAUGUUUACAAGUAAUGGUAUUCCUUUUAAUCUAUUUCCACCGGGUAGUUCUCCAAGUCCUGAAUUCUUUGCCAACUUCAUCAAUCGUGGAUCCGAUCUUGGCCAACCACCAUCUGGACAUUCGAUAAGUAUAAAUUUGAAUGACAUUUUUGGUCAAGCCAAUGUCAAUGCUAGUGGGCAAGGAUCAAGUCAAACAGGAAAUUCAAACCCUCCACCUGCUUCUGUUCCAACUGGUGCUGCAGUUCCUCCUUUUGCCUUCUCAGGAUCAGGUAACGAAGGAAAUCAGGCACACGAAGCUUCUAGUGGACAAGAAAGGGAACAUGGUGAACCAGGCAUCCAUAUAAACUUGACAGGACCCGAGCAGGCUGCAGAGGCUCUGAGAACUGUGAUGCAGAUGUUUGGGCCACAGAUGGGUCCGCAUGAAGGCACACCUAGAGGACCAGGUUAAGACGUGGGAAGCAGGAAAUGUGUAAAUGUGGCUCGUAGUUCAAUUAUUGUAUACAGAAGUCUUAAGGUGCCAUGCUAUUUUGUCCUUCCACCCUGAUUAAGCAUGGAAGUUCUUGGAUGCCUUUUUGCAGUAUGUCUGUUCUGCUAUCCCACCUUAAUAUUUCAUGGUCACCUGAACUGUUCAUCUCGGCGUUGAUGAAUCAUUAGAUAUGGUGAGGCUUGUUCGUUGAAACUCUCCCGUGAUGCCUGUUUGACCAUUUUACUUGUCGGUUAUUGUGUAAUGUGAAAGUCUUUUGUCCCCGGGCUACUGUUUUACUUGUUGGUUGGCAGGUGAUACUUUAUGAAAUAUUUGUAAGUUUAUAUAGGUUGGCAGAGUGAAACUUGUGUCGGGGAUGAAGUUUAUAACCAUACUCAUAAAUUCAUUUUGUUGUUGGCAUUGGCAAUUC